AUGACUCUCUCUCAAAAUCAUUACAUUAUCCAACUCCCUUCGACCCCCGAAGCCCCUCGCUUUGUGGACCCUCGUGGGGUUGCCCAGCAAUGGCUCAAUAACUUGCAGACGUUGCUCGCCAUUGGCGACUAUGCAAAGGUCCCCGAGCUUUUCCAUGAACAAUCAUGGUGGCGAGACAUGCUGGCUUUGGAUUGGGAUCUCCAUACGGUCCAGAAUGCAGAUAGAAUUAAGGACUUCCUUAGUCGAAACCAACCCCGAUUUCAGCUGUCCUCUUUCCGUCUGCAGCACCAAGGGAGAUUCCAGCCCAAGUUGGAGAACCCGAGGGGAGACCUGAAUUGGAUCUCAUCAAUGUUCUUUUUCGAAUCUCGUGUCGGAAAUGGAACCGGUUUUCUUCGUCUUACGGUGAACGAGGCUGGGCAGUGGAAGGCGUAUGCUGUGUAUACUUCUCUGCAGGAGUUGAAGCAAAUCAAGGAGCCACUUGGUGUGAAUCGAGCUGAAGGAACAAUCGAGACGAUGCCUGGUGGACUUUCCAAAGGGAAUUGGAUUGAAAGACGCAAGCGACAAGUCGAAUUUCUUGAUGAGGAGCCCGCGACUCUAAUCGUUGGUGCUGGUCAGGCAGGGCUUAACACGGCUGCUCGACUUCAGAAUCUCGGAGUAUCAAAUCUUAUAGUUGACAAGAAUGAGCGGAUUGGGGACAACUGGAGGAAGCGUUACAGGACCCUUGUUACCCACGACCCGGUCGAGUUCACGCACAUGGCAUACCUUCCGUUCCCCAAGAACUGGCCGCAAUUCACCCCCAAAGACAAGCUCGGAGACUGGUUCGAAGCGUAUGCUAGUAUAAUGGAGCUUAAUGUCUGGCUCAAGACCAGCAUCAAGUCUGCAGAAUACGAUGACUCGAAAUCCCAGUGGACGGUUACCCUCACCCGAGGCGAUGGCAGUGAGCGAGUCCUUUACCCCCGGCAUAUUGUCUGGUGUACCGGCCACUCGGGCGAGCCAAAGGUUCCCACCUUUGUGGGACAGGAGCGGUUCAAGGGACAAUUUUACCAUGGCAGCCAGCACCGUGACGCCUCAGAAUCCGACAUGAAGGGCAAGAAGGUGGUCGUGGUUGGUACUGGGAACAGUGGACACGAUAUUGCGCAGAACUUCUACGAGAAUGGUGCUGAUACAACCAUGCUUCAGCGAAGCGGGACAUAUGUCAUUACAGUCGAAAAGGGCGUCUUCAUGAUGCACGAGGGACUCCACGAAGAGAAUGGAGCCCCGACUGAAGAAGCAGAUAUCGUAUCGGAGAGCUUGCCCUUCCCUGUCCAGUUCGCCUUGGCCGUUGACUUCACGAACCGGGUCCGUGCCGUGGAGAAGGAUACCCUCGAAGGUCUCGAGAAGGCGGGGUUCAAGCUGGACUUCGGCAUCGAUGGAGCAGGGAUUUCCCGGCAAUAUAUCACCCGGGGUGGAGGCUAUUAUAUCGAUGUUGGAUGCAGUUCAUUGAUCAUCGACGGCAAGAUCAAGUUGAAGCACAGCCCUGAGGGCAUCUCGGGCUUCGACGAGCGCGGCCUUAUCUUGAAAGACGGCAGCAAGCUGGACGCAGAUAUCGUUGUCCUGGCUACUGGCUAUGACAACAUGCGGACAACUGUUCGAAAGGUCCUUGGGGAUCGCGUUGCCGAUCGCCUUGUUGAUGUAUGGGACUUGGACGAAGAGGGUGAAUUGAACGGAAUGUGGCGUCCAAGUGGUCACCCCGGCUUCUGGUACAUGGGAGGAAACCUGGCCAUCUGCCGGAUUUACUCCAAGUUCCUGGCCCUACAGAUCAAGGCCAUCGAGUCGGGGCUUAACUCACAACCAUCCGCUCUCAAGUUGUAG